GAAGUAAAGCAGGUGGUUAGGGCAGUUUUGGAGGAUUGGGGUGGUAUAUAAACCAAGAGACACCGCAGUGUGCGAAUUAGGGCGUAAAAGAAAAACGAAGCCGUAGAAGAGGGCUCUUUUUUGUGUGGAGCACUACUUAUCCGUUUUUGAACUUCACGAUGGAUCGGUACCAGAGAGUGGAGAAGCCAAGAGCAGAGACGCCAAUUGAUGAGAAUGAGAUUAGGAUUACGAGCCAAGGGAGGAUGCGAAACUACAUCACUUACGCCAUGACUCUGCUUCAGGACAAGGGUUCGGACGAAAUUGUUUUCAAGGCUAUGGGAAGAGCUAUCAACAAGACUGUGACGAUUGUGGAGCUAAUUAAGAGAAGAAUUGUCGGUCUUCACCAGUAUACUACAAUUGGAUCCACCGACAUAACUGAUACUUGGGAACCGCUUGAGGAAGGCCUUCUACCACUGGAGACAACGAGGCAUGUGUCAAUGAUCGUCAUAACACUGUCAAAGAAGGAAGUCAACAAAUCUACCAUUGGGUACCAGCCCCCAUUACCUGCUGAACUGGUGAAGGCAUCUGCGGAGAUUGAUUAUGAAGGAGAGGACUCACCUAGUGGUCGUGGCCGUGGCAGAGGAAGGGGAAGGGGGAGGGGGAGGGGCAGGUUCAGAGGAAACAAUGGCUUUGUGCCUGAAUAUGAUGAUGGAGGUUAUGACCGCAGUGGGGGUGAUUUCAGGGGUAGGGGCCGUGGUAGAGGACGUAGUUUCCGAGGCCGUGGAAGGGGAGGGUACAAUGGGGCCCAGGCUGAUGUGCAGCAAGAUGGAGGAUACAAUGAAGAAGCACCUCCUCAAGGCGGCCGUGGUCGUGGCCGUGGCAGGGGAGGAUAUCGUGGAAGGGGCCGUGGCGGCUAUAGGUCUAAUGGGCCGAUCCAGGCAGCUGCUUGAGUUGCAAUAUGGACGGCAUUGAACAUCCUGCAAAUGGCCAGUGUCUACAGAUGGGAGCCUUUAUUAUCCAAUCUAUGUUUUCUAUAUUAUCUUUAUGCAUGAUGAUCAUUGUAGACCUUAGUUUAGAGUCCUUUGAGGUAAUCCCUCUUGUUUUGUCGUGUAGAUGUAGGUGACAUGUUUUUAACAUCUGGAUUGAUCAGCGCAUUCUUUUAUUAUUAUGGGAGAAUUUUGUUGUCAAAAAAGAUUUUCCUUUACUA